CAAGCGUCAUAUUUCGACCUGCCACCCGCGUCUUCUUCAAAAGCCGGGGCAGCUUCAGAGCUCACCCACGUGCCUGACACCGAAGCAGUGGAAAAGAUGGGCCUGCUGUCACCGCAGGUUACGCGCAUCCUGGAGGACAAGGAGCUCGAAGAGCAGUCGAGCACCGAGGAAGAGGGCAGCCACUCCGAAGAAGAAGACGCCGCAUCUCGAGACAAGGGUUGCGACGUCUGUCAGCCGAUUAGACAGCAGCCAGAUGCCCCGCUCGAGCAGCCGUCGAAUAAGCACGUCCGCCUUGCGCCGCCGCCUUCGCCGUCAUUGGGCGCCGGCACCUCGCGGCACAGACAUCCCCAUAUGGCGCGCUUUCAUUCCCUGAGGAGCGUCCUCUUUUCUUCAAAGAUCGAGGAGGACAUGAAAGCUCACCGCGAAGCAGAGGACAAGUGGAAGGCGGAACAUGACGGGAGGAGAGGCCUACAGCGACCGAAGACGCCGGAGUCGCCGGCGAAGUCGCCCAACAGGGAGGGGUUUGCGCAUCGGAUGGGCGCCAGGCUAAAGCGCAUGACGAGUAAGGAAGCGCCGACGUUACAGCAGGUGAAAGAGAAUCCGGAAGGUGAUGGGAACGAGUCGACCGCGAGCUCGGAAGGGGAGGAGGAUCAAAGGCCGACCUCGAGAGGGAGCCGCGCUGAGGACGAGGAAGAGAUCAAUCAUUCGGAUAUCGAGGACCUGAUGCGCUGGGUCAGCAGACGGGAUCCGCCGAGCGACGGCGAAGCACGAAAAUCCCCAGCAACAAGAUCGAGGGUGGAGGAAGAGCUCAAAGAAGACAGUGGGCAUGAAAGCCUGGGCCAUUCGGAUGUCGAUGAUCUCGUGCGGUGGGUUAGUCGGCGGUCUGCACCAGGUGACAAGAAGGCGGAGGAAGUGGCGCCUUCAGGUUGCAGUGAUGUCUCCACGGAAUCGGAUUCAGAAACCGAGGACCCGUCCCAGCGAAGAGAGUCCAUACAAGACCAGGACGUCGACGACAUCGUACGUUGGAUAUCCCGCAGAGAAGGCCCCGAAGCAGGUCCGGUGCGCGCAAAGCGAGCGAGCGGCGCAAGCCUAUCCAGCUCAUCAGACGACUCCGACACCGCGGAAAUGGUGCGCUGGGCGAAGCGCGAAGACGACACCAGCGGUGACGAAUCUGAUAUCCCGGCCGAACGAGCAAUGCCCACGAUAGAGGAGCACCCCCCAACGAACAAUCGGACUGACAACAACGGCAGCAGCCUCAAGAAGGAAGUUCCGCAGGCGAAGGAGAGGGGGAAGCUUGAGAGGGGUCUCACGCAUGAGGAUGUCGAUGACCUGGUGCGAUGGGUGUCGCGGAAGAAUGCGGAUGCGGAGCAGGUUCAGGAGCGGGAUGAUAAGAUACUGGAGUGGAGGAAGGAAGAAGAUGAGAAGAAGGCGCAG